GAGGCUGGUACAUUAAUUGGAAAGGUAUAUAUUUACUAUAAUUUUAAAAAACUAAAUUAAUAGUCAUAUACCAUAAUGUCUACUGUAUAUUUAAUCGUAGUUAAUUAAAAUGAUUUAAUAUUCAACUUUAUUUUUAGGGUGGAGUAACAAUACAAAAUUUAAGGAAAUCUGUGAGUUGUUUUGUACAGUAUAUUACAAUACAUGUAGUUAAGCUGUUGCGGUCUUUUGAUAUCCCCAAAAUUAUCGUUUUUUCUAUAUUUAAAUUUUCGAUAUGUUGGAAUCUCGAUAUUUUUCGGUCGCUCUAUGCUGGAGUGGUUUGAAAACGGCGCAGAAAAGUCACAAUUAAGCCAGUUUUCCACUUCAACCGUACCGUGCCGAAUCGUACUGGUGAGCAUGCGUAGAUUGAAAAGAGGUUGAUAAAUCCACGUACUUCCGGGCAUAGAGAUUAUAAAUAACACUAGAGGAGGCAUUGUAAUCUUAAUUCAGUAAAAAAAAGGGAACGCGACUAUUGGGGGGCAAAUUCAAGUCCCGGAUGUGUAUUCGUGUUCCCAUUGGUGACGAGUUUCAAAUCAGCCAAUGAGAGCACGAUUUUAUAUCCGGGGCUUGAAUUUGCCCCCCAUUAGCUGCGUUCCCAAUUCUUAAACUCGAUGCCUCCUCUAGUGUUCUUUAUAAUCUCUAUGCUUCCGGGUGUAUUCGCGUAUCGAAAUGAAAAGUUCGUCGCAAGUCAACUGUUUGGCGUACUACGGAAGUAUUAACCAAUCAACAUUCACUAAAAUUUGAAAUUUAAAAUUUUUUUGAUACGGUUCGGUACGGUAUGCUUGAAGUGGAAAACUGGCUUUAGCCGUCACGUUCACACUACGCUGGGGGGAAUUGUUUGAAAACAUCAGUUUUGCCGUAACAAUUUGAGCAUGGUUUCUAAACGAAGUGAGAUGAAAACGGAACAGGUGGUGGCCUCGUGUGAACACGAAUGCCAUUUACUUUCUUGUACCGGUGGCAUACCGGGCAUCUCAGUUCCCAAAACAGUAAAUUCGAAUGCUUUUUGUUUAAAUUUCUUUGCUCUAUUUGAAAUAUUUUGAGUUUACAUGAGUGCUAAUUUAAUUUGUAAACAAACUGUAAUGGCGUAGUGCCUGCAACCCUCAUGGAAAAACCGUAAAGUAAAACGUGUUUGUUUACGUUGUCGUUGCAACUUGAGUAGUGUGAUAUAAGUAAAAUCGUCUAGCACCUUUCACCUGAGAUUGUGGGUUUGAUUCUCGCUGCAGACUUGCGCAUGACAAAUAUGUUACCUUUACCCUCUCUGGAUACUCUGUUUCCCUCCCACAGUGAAUGUUGACAGGGUGGGUUGGUAUAUGCUCCACUGUCAUAACUGACCCUUCCACCGUCGCUGGUGGCCAGGGGUGGAAAAAUAAGCGAGCACGCGCUCACUGCUCGCAGGAAAUGUUAAACAGCUACAGGAAAUUCGUUUGAAUGAAGAUUUGCUAUUGAAAAUUUGAAGGAAACCUUAGACACCCAUGUCCCACUAUGGGCACAACACAACAACAUAUGGUUGACAGACAUUAUUCCUUGAAUUUAAAACCAUGGUCAGCUAGAACACUAUAUGUUUAUGCACAUGCAAAAUUAGCACAAAAAUACUCCUUUGGUCUGCAGGAAAUUUUUGUCUCCAGGUUGUGCUCCCAGGAAGAAAAUUAUUUUUUCCUGCCCUGCUGGUGGCUGCCAAAGCCGCCCUUAUAGAAAGCCUUCAACUCGAUCAGAUUGAGCUGCAUCCUUCGCAAUUCCGCUUAGAUCUUAGCUGGAUGAUUAGCAUACCCCACUUGAUCACAUUUUUUUCAAAGAAAUAUUAAUCUAAGUUCAUUCAAAAUUUAGAGUGAUGCUAUCAUUAAUAUCAGUGACAAUGCAUCCAGAGAAAGGUAUAGUCUAUUUAUGUAAAUGUGGGCACUUAUUUUUUAUGAUAUUCAACUGCAAUUUUAUCCUGACACAAAGCAUGUAAUUUGGAUGCACACUCAUCAUUAUGAAUUGGUUUAUUGUGUUGCAAUAUUCUUUUUGUUGUAAAUCAAAAUUUUAGAGUUGUGUCUGUCACUGGUGGAGUCAACAAUAUAAUAUGUGCUUUCAAAUUGAUCGUACAAACCCUUGAAGAGGUAAUAAUACCAUAUAUACAGUACCUACAUAAUUUCCAUAAAUUUAGAAUUAGAUAUAUUAGCAAACUGUUGUUUGUAAUUUGUGUAUAUGUAAUUAAAGGCUGUCAUUCGUUAAGGUACUGUAUAUUAUGGAUUAGAAUGAAAUUUGUGUUGUGAAACUUUUAAAAAUCUGUCACCACAACAAAUGCCCUUACUUUCCCCAAGGCGCUACCAACCAUACAGCCGUACCACUCAUUGUAGCUAUGAGUGGGUCUCUGAUUAUUACCACCUAAAUUAACAAAACAAAAUAUUUUCUUUUUAGAAAAGUGGCUUCCUGCCUUUGUAAACUUAUUCACCACAACCCCUCCAUCUGCAAUCACCUCCAUUUAAUCCAUCCAAAACUAAACCAUGACAACAUGACAUACAGCACCUUACGGUACUUAUUUCUUACCACCAUGGUCCACACCCCCCCCCCCCCUUACAACCCCUCCUUGCAGUGUGAAUAUUUUGUACACUUUCUACAGCUUCCGACAUUUUGACUCCCACCUACCAGAUCAAUUGGUUCCUAAUUCAUUACCUUUUUACUUUCCAAUUUCCCACUGGUGAUCAUUGUCAUUUUUUGUCCCCCACCCUUCCUAAUUUCCCCCAUUGCCCAACCGUACGUUUGCACCACCCAUUGGUAACUACUUACAAUAUCAGGCCUUUUUACCCUGCCACCCCCCCCCCCCUUUCCAGACUAUUCCAACACAGUUUCAAUUGGAGACAGUAGUUGUGGACCUUGCUCCCCACACAGCCUUACCAUUUUGUAGUAUUUCCAAUCUCACCUGCCUGAACAACUUACUUCUGAAGGACACUGCGCUCCUACUGCGCAAGCUACAAAACCUAUUUCCACAAUUCCCAAUUGAAUUUCCCUAUUACUGUAACCAGCUGCACUUGUACGUGUAAACUAAAAAAAACAAACAUCUAAGAUUUUUUGUGUAAGUAGUGCUUCAUUGCUUUGUGUGUCUAGCUUUAGGCCUACAUAUACUGAUAGGCCUACGUAUACUGAUAGGCCUACAUAUACUGAUAGGCCUACGUAUACUGAUAGGCCUACGUAGAUGAAAAUCUCGCAACUGCUCCUGGUUAGAUCUCUAAUAAAUGUAAAAAAAUUCCACUCAAAAUUUUCCUCUACAAAUCCCUUCAACAAUUAGCUUACCGAGUGAGAUGCCAAAAUCCUGAUAUUGAACUAAACCCUGGUAACUUACUGUACCUUUUAAUUUAACUACAUUUUUGACAACCAACAAAGUAUUGCUGCCGUGUGUUAAUGGGUUUUUGGUGUGGUGAUAAUUAUGGACAAGAUAGUUUGAUAUCCCUAUGCAACACAAUUUCGGCUUUAUAUCUUUAUUCGUCAUUGUUAGUUAAAAUAACUUUUUGAUGGUUUCACAUAAUUUAGAACUUGUUAAACAACGAUAGAUCUUCAUACACUCCCCUGACAUUUCAACUGUUGGUCCCAUCUGGUCAGUGUGGAUCUCUUAUUGGAUCAGGUGGAUCAAAGAUUAAGUUAAUUCGUGAGGUAAAUGCAUUUGAAACACAACUAUACAGCACCAUAAUAAUAAAAAGAAUUCAGGAAAACAUAUGCAUCUUGCAUAUUUUAAAAAACUGUAAAUAAUUUCUGAAGAAUCUGCACAAAAUACUUUCAUGAAGCAAUAACCAAGUACUGUAGAUUUCUGAUCUUCCUAUUUGACAAAAACACUUUCUCACUGCAGGAUCCCUUGGUCUGCCGUAAAUUUUCUGUGAAAAUAUCUGACAUUUUCGCGCACUUUUCCCAAGGAAAAAAUAUUCCCUGCGCAAAAAAAACUUCAUUCUGGUUAUUCUGUAAGACUGACCACUUCUUCUUAAUUUGAUACUUCACUGAAAUUCUUUGUCAAAUGAAGAAAUUUGUUUAUAAAAUAACAUGUAUAUAACGCGUGCUCUGAUUGGUCGAAACCCGUGUUUGGAUCAGGCCAUAACACGGAAAUUUAAAGUGAAAGUUUUUUAAAGUGAAAUUUUAACACGGAAAGUUGUUAUUUUAUAAAACAAUUACUUUAUGGUUUCCGUAAGAUGGCCUGAUCCAGACACUUGGGAAUGUUGCUCGAGUUAAGAAAAGCGCGCAAAAUCACUCGCCUUCGGCUCGUGUUUCGCGCGCUUUUCUUAACUCUCGCAACAUUCCCGCGUGUUUGGAUCAGGCCAUCCAAACACGGAAACCAUAAAGUGAUUGUAUAUUACUAAUCCAUAUCCCCGUCCAUGUCGCUAUGCAAAAACUGCAUCAUAUGAUUAUGUAUGUGCAAACUGUUAAAUCCAGUUCAAACGAGUCCAACAUGUUGGAUGAUGUUGGAUAAUGUUGGAUAAAAAUUUUAAACAUAGUCAAAUGCGAUCCAACAUCAGCCAACAUUACCCAACACAAUUUUUAAAGGAGGCCAACAACGUUGGAUAAAAAUUUUACACAUAGUCAACACCAAUCCAACAUUACCCAACACAAUGUUUAAACGAGGCCAACAAUGUUGGAUAAUGUUGGAUAAAAAUUUUAAACAUAUUACCCUUUCUUUACAUUGUAGAAAUCUGGAGCUCAUAUUCAGGUAAUAGUGUUUAAAUAAUGGCAAGAACCUUGACAUACAAUUAAUUCUCUUUCCACUGAAGAGCCUCCUUAAGUAUGAAGGGGAGCGACGGGAAGAUUAAGAGAAACGCUUUCGCUCUACGAGAGAGCAAUUGGUUAAUUAAAAUAAUUUUUUGAUUGAAGAAAAUAGCAUACUUUCCUAAACAACCUCGUAACUUUUAUUCAAUUUCAUUCUGAGAGCAUGUGCAUUUCUAUACUGAGUGUAUACCUUUGUUUACAGAUUGGAACCGAUCCAUUGCCAAUGUCAUCGGAAAGAAUGAUAACUUUAUCUGGUAUGUUAUAGAUUAUACAACGAAGAAUAAAAUUGUAAAUUAGCCUGCGAAUGGCUAUUUGUACUGCACGCGUGUACAGAAUGAAUGUACUGCAUACGGAUACAGUGUGCUGAUCGAGGACUUUUGUAAAUAUAUUAAUGACUGUGUUGCCAAUAAGAUUGGGGCAUUUUAUGCAAUGCAAAUCGCGUAGUGAACUAUUUCUAAAUAUUUUAGGCAAACCAGCGAACAUAAAUUCAUGUAUGAAAUCUCUCUGUGAAAUAAUGGUUGAGGUGAGCUACAUUCAUUUCUUUGUGUUGUGGUCUGGGCAGCAUGUUACCCAAUGGUAUUCAAUAGACAACAUUAAUGUACAGAAGAUGAUCAGGUCAAACAGAGGGAUGUAGUCGCUUUCAUUAUUACUAUCAAGUAUAAUCUAGAAGUAGUCAAUAGUCAUUUUUUUUCCUGCGAAUUUUGCGAAGUAAAUCAAAUAGAGAGAUUUCUGCUUGUUCCCAGGGGCGCGCGAGGGCAGCUGCCCCCGUUGCCUUUUUUACAAGAACAACACUUCGAAUGUCGUGCGUUACUCGCAUGAAUUGAAGUUGAGAACUGUUUUCAAACAAUUUAGUUCAAACUUGAAUCUGGAAUUCCUCUCAGAAACGUUAUACCAAGGUUUCCACCAAUAUGAAAAAUCAUCAAAAAGAAAGCCUUCGUAAAUAAUUGAGAAGCUGUCAUGUUGUUUUAUAUGCAAUGCAUUUUACAGGUUCGUACGCCCCCUGGAAAUCCUGGAAAACCCUUUUAUUUUAGUACUGAAAAACCCUUGAAAACCCUGGAAUUCCAAAUUAUCCCUGGAAAACUGAGCCACCUUAGCUUUGUUCGAUGUUUUAUAUACAGGGUUUUAGUCUAACGAAUAAAAUUGUUCCAAUCAAUGCCGAAAUGUGUCCAAUUAUAUUGGCUACAUGUAAUCGAGUGGAAUUCCAUACAGCAAAAUGUUAACAAACGUUGCUGCCCACAAAACGUUUAGGGCUCAGAAGUAAGUGCCCUUUUUAAAUGGCUGCCCCCACCGAAUUUGAAACUCAACUAUCUGAGCAUGUUGCUUUUAUAACAGCUUGAAUGUACCUGAUUUGUGUUUUGUAUUGUUCUGUAGUAUCCAGUCCGUGGUCACGUUGAUCCGUAUUAUCCACAGAAUUACAUGAGUAGCAGAUCCAGUAGAUCUGAGAGAGAUUAUUAUGAGAGAGAUUAUUAUGACGUACCUGUACGUAUCGAACAGCACAUUAAUGUAAUUAUUAUACAUUGUAGUUGGUGAAAGCAAUUUGAUUGGCCAAGAGCUUACAGUUAAAUCGCGCAAUCACGCAACCUACAGAAAGUUCAGUUAUCUGCUAGCAUAUAACUCAGUUAUCUGCAAGUGAGCCUGCGAUGAUUAGCAAGCGAUAUCUAUUUACAGUCAAAAUACAAGAACCUUCCCACUUCCGCUUCUGUAACUUGUUUUGUAUUUCUGUAAUUUGUUCUAUUUUCUGUAGCGAUUUUUAUCGGCAAAUAUCGCUGUAGAAUUCCCCUUUCUUUCCUUUAUAUACGUCAAUUUGCAGCAGAGGGUACACCUUUCGUUAGAUUCUUUUCAUAAAAGUUGCGAAAUUUUCAUUUUAGUACGUCAAAUGAUUGUAUUCGGUAAGUUUAAAUUUGUAUAGUAUGAACACACUAGGCGGCGGUUUAAAACCGAUUUGUCAGCAAAUAUCGCUAUAAUUAUAAAUAUAAAUAUCGCAAUGCUACAAAUUGACGUAUAUAAAGGAAGGAAAGCGAAAUUCUGCCGGAUCCUAACGCGAUAUGUGCCGAUAAAGCGGUAAUCGCUACAGAAAAUAGAACAAAUAACAUAAAUACAAAACAAGUUGCGGAAGUGGGAAGGUUCUUGUAUUUGACUGUAACACAAACAAAUGCGAUUCGGUUUUUGCGAUAUGCGGAAUUAUCAAGGUCCAGGUAAGCGUUAUCAGCCGAGCCGAAGGCGAGGCUGAUGACGCUUACCGAGAAAAUAAUAAUUUAAUUGUUAAUAAUUCGUUAAUUGUUAAUAAUAAUUUAGUUGUAAAUAAUUCGCGUAUCAAACUAUCUGUAUGACAACUACUUCUUGGAAGAACACUUGGAAUAACAAAAGUUUAAAAAAUUCACGAAUGCUUGGCCUUCCAAUGAAAUCUCGCAAAGAGGUUUUUAUUUCUGCAAAUAAUUUUUAUAAUUUUAUUUUUAGAGGAGCAGAGAGCCAUUGCGUUAUUCGUCGAGAAACGCAAGUUCAAGUAAGACAUUGAGUGUUGUUCUAUAAAGUGUACCAGUUAACAAAUUUGGAGCAUACUUUACAUAUACUAGAGGUGGUUCGCAACCAACCUUGAGGGAUUCAAAGGGCAAGGAAUUUUCACAAUUAGAUUUGCAUUUCAAGGAAAGACAUUUAAAACCUCCUAAACAAGUUCGAGCAAUUCGAAUGUACUUGAAUGUCGAGUGUACUUCAAGCUGGCUUCUUUUGCUGCACCUGUUUAUUCUGUUUAAAGCCCUGGUCAAACGAGAAUGAGUUUGCAUGAGACUUUUCUCGACUCGUGCCCCGGUCAAACGAGACAAGAGUUGCACGAGAGCUGAUGUGAGUUGACUAGAUAUUCAUGGUUCUCCACAGUUGUGUGCAGGGCAGGUAAAACAGGUUUUUGAACAUGUAAGCAUCACGUCACAAAUUUCUAGGAGGAAAUCUGGAGUCUUUGAAAUGGCAUCUCUUGCGUGUUGAGGGAAGGUUUAAAUUUUUGGAGAACAUUUCUAUAGGACAUUUCUGUAUUCAAUUCCAUGCUACUAAUUGUUUUGUACAGAUGUCAGCAAUACCUUAUUGAUUAUAGGAUUUUUGCACGACAUAUAUAACUAAUUCUUUCUAAACAAAUGUACACACAUUUUAGGCUUUUCUAGGCGGUAAUAACUGCUGGUGGAAACGGCAAAUUUUACCUGUUACUGCUUGAUAAGGAGAACCUUGGAUAUUACCGAGCCGUAGCGAAAACGCUCCGAAUAAAUUCAAAAUCUAUCAAAAUCUGAACGAGUUGUUGCAAAUUCUUAUCAAAAUUUGAAGUUGAUGAGAUCGACUCUCAUGCACUUACAUCAAAUGAGAGUUGUAACUCUCGUCCUCGUUUGACGGCUUUGACCGAUGCUUUACUACUUGAUAUGGUUGCGUUAUAUUAUGCCAACUGUGUAUAUGGAAUAGUGUUGCACCACGCCUGUCGAUUCCACCAGGCAAAGGAACUUUCCAGGAUUCAGCAGCCACCUAUAUAAACUUCCCCAGACAUUAGAUCAUUCGCAAAGACAGUGAAGCAACUCUUGAUCUCCCAGACGCUCUACGCUAUGAAUAAUUGAUUUAUUUAAUAGAUAAAUUAUCGUAUAGAUAUACACUAUUCUGUACCUGAAUAUAUAUAAGCUGCAAUAAAAUUAUUAUUAUAUGGAUAUUUUAAAAGCUCAAAUUUAUGUAAUUUGUGUUUCUUCAAACAUUCUUAGGAAGACGCAAGAGAAGCGAGGACUAUGAUGAGUACAUGACAGAAACUAUGUCCAUACCAAGUCGAGUAAGUACAUGCUGGGAUAUUUUUAUGAAGUAUUAAAUCCUUCUCUGUUGCAUGUUUUUGUUACAUGCAUGUUUGUUUGUGGACAUCGAAAUUUUCAUUUAGUGUAAAACUUUUGUAUUUAGUAUGCAGGAGGUGUUAUUGGGAAACGUGGUGUGAAAAUCAGCGAAAUCAGGUUAUUAAUAUAUAAUUAAUUUUAUUUAUAUUAUUUUAGUACAUCAUGUGCAACACUAUUGUAUAUCUUGUGGUUAUACUGGUUGUACUUUAUAAUUUAAAGCCGUCCUCGCCAGCCUUUCAUUAGAGAGGUUCAGAUUGGGCUUCCACUACCGCUACCGCUACUUCUCACUGGUUUAGUAAACAUCUGAUUGGUUGAUCGGGUAUAUCAAACGCAUCUGAUUGGCUAAUGGUCCCUUAAUGGUAGCGGUAAUGGACGUCAAAUCUGAACCUCACUAAUAUUUGCAUCAUGCCCAACCUUAUUUCAACCUUAUCCAAUAAAGUAUACAGUAUAUGCUAGUGCGAUCAUAUGGAAUUGUACAAUACAGUAUUGUGUAGUUUGCUACAAUCUAAUUUGAGUCGUAGUUUAAAUAAAACAUCUAAGUUUACAUUUUUAAAUGCUUUGUAGAAAUAAAUCAGGAGCAGCAAUCAAGAUCGCUGAUGAAACAGGCGGUUCAGGUGAAAGAAUUGUCACAAUCAGUGGAAAUCCAGAAGCUGUUGGAAUGGCGCAGUUUUUGAUCAAAACAAGGUGUAUAUUCUGUUACGUCCUUGGUUUGUUCUUUUCUUGUUUGUUUGACUCUUCGUUCAUUAUUUGGUUUUUGUCUGUUUGUUCUUCACUUCGUUCCCCUGCCUGUCUCUCUGCUCGUUUGUUUGUUGGCUUGUCUGUCUGUUUGUUUGUUUAUUUGUUUGUUUGUUUGUUUGUAUGAUUGUUUGUUUGUAUGAUUGUUUGUCUUGUAUGUAUGUAUGUUUGUUUGUUUGUUUGUUUGUUUGUUUGUUUGUUUGUUUGUUUGUUUGUUUGUUUGUUUGUUUGUUUGUUCACUAUUACAUAAAUACGAUUAAACUGGCUUCACCAAUUUGUUCUUUUGUGUACUUCCAUACAUGAGCAAUCGUUUUAACAACAUAUUUUAAUUUGCAGAGUCAAGUAUGAAGAGAAGAGGAGUAGCGAGAAAGAUUGA